AUGGUCUUACAUCCAGAGGUCAAUGUCGCAGACACAUCAAACAAGGAGACGGGAAUAGCGAUAUUUCCGAGUGUGCGCUCAGGUCCAGCUGAAGACUGCGACCCCGCUGCUGAUAACGACACCGAGCUUGAGGAAGAAGAAUUCCGUAAGACAGAGCAGGAAAACAGUGGCUAUAGAUCGCAAGAAAGCUUUCAAGAUGCAGAGAUUGUCUGGCGGUACUUGACGUUCGAGACUGAACUCCCACAUCCGACGACAAUAUACCCGACACAAGCUGGUCAGGGACUACCACCCGAGCCUCCAAACCUCGCUAAAUUCACCGACCCUUUUGACUGGUCAGAAACGAGAAAAAACGUCACGAUAUGGGUUUCAUGCAUUAUAACAGCGCUUACUGCAUUCACAGCCGGAGCCUACAGUCCUGGUGUAGGGCAGAUGGCAGAGGAGUGGGACGUUAGUAGCGUCGCUGCACUUGUCGGCAUCACUACUUUUACAACAGGCUUCGCAGUAGCUCCUAUGGUCCUUGCGCCUUUCUCCGAGAUUAAUGGGCGUCGCCCUGUCUUUCUCAUUUCCGGACUCAUCUUUGUAAUAUGCCAGCUUUGUACUGGUUUCACGCAAUCUUAUGCUGGUAUGCUCGUCGUACGCUUUUUCGUCGGCGUAGGUGGUUCGACAUUCUCAACAAUGGUCGGUGGCGUAGUAUCCGAUAUCUACCAUGCUGCAGAUCGUAACAAACCAAUGGCUUUGUUCGCUGGGGCAGCUUUGUGCGGAACCUCUUUGGGUCCUAUGGUAUGUGGGUUCAUCGCCCAGAAUACAACAUGGCGCUGGAUAUUCCAUAUGCAGACGAUCGUGUGUGGGAUCAUGGUCGCGUUGAUCUGUGUCAUAUUCAAAGAAACACGCGGUUCUGUCCUGCUUUCUCGGAAAGCGAAGACACUGAACACAUGGUAUGAAGCGCGCGAAGCAGCAGGUUACUACGGUUUGAACAUCAUCAAUACCGCGAAGUCGGGCACCACCAUAUCGGAGCGCAUACGAUGGAAAGUUAAAGCGGAUGAGGAGCGCGCAUCUCUGAGCAAGAUGAUUGGCAUAUCUCUCUACCGCCCUUUCCAUCUCCUUCUCACCGAACCAGUGGUAUUCUGGUUUUCUCUAUGGGUAUCGUUUAGUUGGGCCGUACUUUACCUAACCCUUGCUGCAAUUCCGCUUGUGUUCCAGAGAAAUCAUGGCUUCUCGUUGCAGCAAUCCAACGCUGUCUUCGCGGCUAUGUGUGUAGGAAGCAUUGUCGCAACUGUGCUAUCCAUCUAUCAGGAGAAAUUUGCACGAAAGAAUGGGAAAUUGACUAGUACCCCUGAGGCAAGGCUGUACUUUGCGUGCGUGGAGAGCGCAUGUAUGCCAGUUGGCCUAUUCAUGUUUGGCUGGACGAGUUCGUCGAAUAUACAUUGGAUAGUGCCGACUAUCGCCAUCGGCAUCGCCACUAUUGGCAUCUUCGCAAUCUACCUCUCAACAUUCAACUAUCUAGCUGAUACAUAUCACCGGUAUGCGAGCUCGGCACUAGCAGCGCAGUCAUUCUGCAGAAACAUGCUCGGCGGGAUGUUUCCUCUCAUCACAAUACAAAUGUAUGACCAGCUCGGUUAUGGCCCCGCAUCUAGCCUUCUGGGUGGAAUCGGUACGCUCCUUACUGUAGUACCUUGGAUACUGGUCUUCUACGGUCCGAGAAUUAGAACGAGGAGCAACUUUGCAAGCGAGAUCAUGCAUAUUACAGGAUAA